ACUAAUUUAGAAUAAUUAAUCGGUUUUUUUUUUAUUUUUUUUAAAUAAACACCUACUAUUAUUGUCGUUUUAGUAAUUACCACCUAUAAUUCUUUUUUUGGUAUUUUAUAUCCUGCUAUUUUUAAAAACAUGAAAAUUUUCUGCCAAGUUUCCCAAGCCCUCAUACAUGACGUCAUCAUGCCUUCUUCUUCCUUAAUUCUCAUGUUCAAUGAUUUUUUUGCAAUCUAAUAUUAGUUAUAUAAUAGAGAGGAGGGAUCAGGGAAGAUCCAUAGUUAUAUAAGAAUUUUAGUUAUAUAAGAACCAAUCACAUCUGUAGGAUUAGAUUAGGAUGAGCGGUCAAGAUUAAAACAAAAAACCUACCCCUAAACCCUCCCCAACCGUCCAAUAUUUUCUCUCUCCUCAAACUUUCAACCCUCUUUACUUUCUCUCUCCACAAAUCCCAAAAUCUAGCCCAAAUUGCUGCUAAAACAACCUAAAUUGCUCAAAUCAGCAAAAUGCAAGGCCAAAAUGAAGAAAAAUCAGAUGAAGAAAUUACUAUUAUACCAGAUGAAAAAAUUACUUAUGGAAGAAAAAGGAAUAAAAGAAGCUUGUAGCAGGACUAAGAUUGAUUAUGUGCGUAAUGGUGUCACCAAUGCAGCCUGAUACCGAAUCGAAAAAAAUGAGAGGAAAAGCUGUUCCUGGGAAAGCUAUAGUGUUACUCUGCAUUGCCAGCUUUCUGGCAGGAACACUCUUUACGAGUCAGACUUGGAGACGUCAUAAGUCGGAGGUUCAAGAACAGGUUGCACUCAUCCCUGCCCAUGUCAAAGCUAAGAAGCUCCAAGCCACAGCAAUGGCGAAGAAUGUGGAUCAUAAUAAGCGCAUUUUGGUUGAAGGAAAAUCUGGAGAUAUUAUGGGGGAAGUUGCUAAGACACACCAAGCAAUUCAAUCCCUGGAUAAGAAAAUCUCAGCUUUGGAAAUGGAGCUAGCUGUAGCUCGGACGAGUCAAGCAGACCCCGAAAUAACAGGUGAAAAGGCAUCUAAUCAUACUCUACAGAAGGCUUUUGUGGUGGUUGGAAUCAACACUGCAUUCAGUAGCAGAAGACGGAGAGAGUCUGUCAGAGAAACAUGGAUGCCUCAAGGCGAGAAACUAAAGAAAUUGGAGCAAGAAAAAGGCAUAGUGAUUCGGUUUGUGAUAGGACACAGUGCAACACCUGGAGGAGUUCUUGACAAAACAAUUGAUGCAGAAGAAGCAGAGUAUGACGACUUCCUUCGCCUCAACCAUGUUGAAGGUUACCACGAGCUUUCCACCAAGACGCGACUGUAUUUUUCCACAGCAGUUUCUCUAUGGAAUGCAGAGUUUUAUAUGAAAAUCGAUGAUGAUGUUCAUUUAAAUUUGGGCACAUUAGUCACUUCUCUAGCAAGAUACCGAUCAAAACCCAGGAUAUAUAUUGGCUGCAUGAAGUCUGGACCUGUUUUAUCUCAGAAAGGUGUGAAGUAUCAUGAACCAGAAUACUGGAAAUUUGGAGAAGAGGGAAACAAGUAUUUCAGACAUGCUACUGGGCAAAUCUACGCCAUUUCCAGGGACCUUGCGACUUACAUAUCUAUUAAUGCACCCAUUCUACACCGCUAUGCUAAUGAAGAUGUUUCUCUGGGUGCCUGGUUAUUUGGCUUGGAAGUUGAACAUGUCGAUGAUCGUUCCAUGUGUUGUGGAACACCUCCAGACUGCGAAUGGAAAUCACAAGCAGGAAACGUAUGUGUAGCUUCAUUCGACUGGUCUUGCAGUGGAAUAUGCAAAUCAGUCGAGAGGAUGAAAGACAUUCAUGAUUCCUGUGGAGAAGGGGAUGCGGCAGUUUGGAAUGUUGAUCUCUGAGACUACCAGCUUGGUCUAUCAAGGUAUAGAUACAGAAAGGUAGAAUAGAAACUUAAGUGGUGCUCAAAAUUUAUUUACGGUACCUUUUUGUUAUUCUGUAUUAUGGAAGCCUUCUCUGUUUUUGGAGUACUUUUAGGGGAGCAAGGAGGUUAAUAACAUUUACAUAAAUCCGUGUACUUCAUUAUUUGCUCUGAAAAAUCACGUCUCAAGACCUGAAA